GUUCAAGGGCUUGGACUGGGACUGGUUUCACUUACAGGCUUGGUGCGUGUGUUAUCAUUUAUACUGAGUGAUAGUGCAUUCUCAACAGAAUAGGACACGGGCAGAGGCUGAAGGCAACAUGGAUUCAAAUGGUACCACCAGAAUUAGCAAAGAGUCAGACACGGAAAAUGUUGAAGAUCUUGAUGACAGCCUGAAGGUCACGAGUGAACCUAUCCAAGCUGAGGCAGCCGACACCAUGGAAGAAAAAAGACGUCUGCCAUCUGACAAAGAAAACAGUAUCCAAGUUGAAGAGAUCAGCUCAUCUGUUGUUACAGAAAUCCAAAAGGAUGAAGAUGGAUUCUUAGUUGGAUUGGAGACGAUGGUCCCAGCAAAUGUUCCCAUCGCAGAGGAGGAUUACCCAGAAUUUAAGAAAGACGGCCAGUUUGAUGCGCUUUUGGUGUAUCACGAGAAUGACCAAGAAAAAGCAUGCUAUUGUAUUGACAGAUUAUGCAGCCAGAAUCAUCUGAGUGGUCGACGUAUACGCAUUGCAACCCUUGAACAGAGGAAAGGUGGAAAGAAUGAGAUUGAGAGACUCGAGUACUAUUGCAAAAAGAGCACAUUUUUGAUGAUGCUGCUGACUGAAAACUUUUGUGACGAUGAUAACUGGAUGCGAUUCUACCAAAACACAAUCAUCAUGGAAAGUAUUCUCAACCGCGAAAAGAAAUGGUGUGCCAUACCAAUUCAUACAGAAUACUGGAGAAAACCUGUGAGGUACAAGGUACCCUUUGCACUGCAAGGCAUCCGAGGGAUCUGCUUGACUGAUAAUGCUUGGGACGAGGGUGUCAUAAACAUGAUACAGCAAAAGGAGCCAAUUCUAUUAGACCGAGAAUGGAAACAAGAGCGAGAAUUCAAAACGUGGUUAAUGAGGGAACAGGGAAUACGUUUAAAGAAAUGGAAACGUGAGAAGGAGAAUCUGAAGAAGGAGAGAGAACAAAUACAGCAGAAAACAGCAGAAUGUGACAGUGACACCAUGGAGUAUGAUACACAACCCACCUUACAUCUCAACAACCCUGGCUUUCAAACACAGAGAAACAUUGGCUCGACACGGGAACAAUGUCCGCCAGGAGUUCCACGGCAAGCCUGGGAUUAUGACUCAAAUAAUUCUGUACCACAAAAUCAAUUUACGGGACCUUAUUCUCAAGGUGGUGCCACUAGUAUGCCAAAUCCAUUCCCUGGUGGACCUGGUCCAUCACCGGAACAGGUGAUGCAGUUGCAAACACUUAUGCAAAUGUAUCCGAACAUCCUGCAAGUUCAAGCACCUAUGAACUUCAGUAUCAAUGCAAGGGUGAUUAAUUUUGGAAAUAACAGUCAGACGAUGAUUCAAACGCCAAUGGAAGAUGACAUUGAUGAGGAAGACUUCUGAACAACUUAUAGUCCAACAAGAGCUCAAAAGCAUGCAGAGGCCAGAUGCCAAUGAGUGCCGGCAAGGUUUUAUGUUGGCCCCAUUGCGUGGCCGGGUAUGGUGUCAAAACGGUACUAUUUAGCACAUCACUAAACCAGUGUUGUUUUUGCAUUACUCGGUAGUGAUUUCCGUGAAAAAACAUUUUGUAAGUUGUUACUUGAUGUUGGCAGUAACUAGUUUUCGUGGUGAAUCUUAUGUUAUAGUAUUUCAGAUUUUGGAGACCAGACUGGAAACACACAGUUUUCUUAUCACUGACUGAAAAUUAAUAUUUGUAACUAUACAUGUGCAUGUAUUGAAUUCUGAGAAGUAAGCAGAAUCUGAAAUCCCAGUCUAGACUCGCCCCCAUACUAGUCUACUCCUCGCCUAACUUAAGUGUAUAACUACUGUGUUCAUUUAUUGAAUAAAGUUGAUAACUCCAGAAA